AAGGAUUUGGGAAUCGAGUCAGAGACUUCGGAGAGAAGGGAGAGAGAGAGAGAGAGAGAGAGAGAGUAGAGUCUCUUCUUCUGUCCAUGAUGGUAUGACAUGGAGGGAGGAGAGACUAGAUCCUAUGAUAUGGAUUUCUUUGAAUUGGCCAAGAUCAUCUUUGGUAGAGUCCAAAAACUGGAACCAGAGAAUGUUGUGAAGAUACUGGGAUGCAUAUUCUUGAAAGAGCCUCGUGGGCAAGAAAUGGUUCAACUGGCAUUCGGUCCCGAUACCAUGUUGCUCUCGAAGAUAAUCGAUGCCAAGAUCAUGCUUGGCAUGUUGUCAUCCAAGAGCUGCGUGCCCGAAAUGCAGAUCGGUUCUUACCCUCCUCCUGGAUCGCACACCUUUUCCUCUCCUGUGAAUUUUCAUGUUACACCAACUUUUUGGGAUCCUCAGUUUGCUGCUGAGCAUCAUCCUCCAUCCCAUAACUUUGAUUUUGUUCCACAAGCAUAUGCUGAUUCGUUAGCUGAUGAAUUCCUGCUUCACAAUCAGCCCCAAGCAGUGAAGCAACUGGAUUCUACUAACCAUAUUGGCAAUUAUUACUACUCGGAAGCUUCAUUGAGUGGCAGCAUGGCUUCGAGGACUACCAGGAGAUCACACAGCCUAUCGGACUUACCUAUCAAGGCUUGCCAUUACUUCAACAAGGGUUACUGCAAACAUGGAUCGAACUGUAGGUACUCGCAUGCUCAGUCGUUUCCAGAUGGUUAUUCUCAUGUAUUUAGCCCCAGCAUGAAUGACUACGUGAACGAGGACCACACCUUCAUGCCUAAGUCGCUUGAGAGGCUGGAAAUGGAGAUCAUAGAACUUCUGAGAUCAAAGAGGGGAAUGGCUGUGUCUACUGCCUCAUUGCCUCUGCUGUACUCUGAGAAGUAUGGAAAGAACAUCCAGGCCGAGGGGUACCUCACGGAGAGCCAGCGACAUGGGAAGACCGGUUUCAACUUGACAAAGCUGCUUUCUCACUUGAAGAAGAGCAUCCGGCUAAUCGAGAGACCACACGGGCAACAUUCAGUAAUUCUAGCAGAAGAUGCUCCGAGAUAUAUGGAGUUCAGGAAUGAGAGAAAUGAUUUAGCUUCAACAGUUUCUAGUUCUCACCAGAUUUAUCUUACAUUCCCAGCUGAAAGCACAUUUACCGAGGAUGAUGUUUCCAACUAUUUCAAGCAAUUUGGACAAGUGCGUGAUGUUAGGAUCCCUUGUCAAGACAAACGUAUGUUUGGGUUUGUCAGCUUCGUCCAUCCUGAGACCGUCAACGUGAUUCUUAUGAAGAGAAAUCCCCAUUACAUAUGUGGUGCCCGUGUUUUAGUCAAGCCAUACAGGGAAAAAUCAAAAGUUAUCGACAGAAUGUACUCAGACAAAAUAAAGCCACAUUACCCUUCUCGUUAUCUCGAUGUAGAUCAUGAUGUUCAUUCUGUGCCUCGAGAAUCUGAUACGUCAAGCUUACUUGGAAAUCAUCUGAUUGAGAAGGAAAUGAUGGAACAUCUCUCUGGAUUGAACCUGGCACCUAAGACACUAACCCAGCAUGAUUACUUGGGUCAUGGAGUGGAAGACUUGAAGGUUUCUGAAGGUCCUAGUAAUUUAUUUCUAGAUCACUUCAGCUAUUCAUUUGAUGCUAUGAAUAAUGGCUCCACAAGUUAUGACAAAGCUAGGCAAACAAGCAACUCAUUUGGUGACCAGGAAAAUGGCCAUGUUGAACUCCCAGAGAGCCCUUUUGCAUCUCCAUCAGUAGGAAGCAGCAUAUCUACAGUCAUAUGAAAUACUCUGAAGACUCCAUUUAAAAAUUGGAUACAUCGGUUGACU